AUGUCGCAAUACUUGGCAGCGAAGUAUAAACGCGAUUCCAGGAAGCGUGAAAGGGAUCAACAAUCGGACGCACCUUCAAAGCUUCCAAGGACAGACGCUGAUCGGGCACGGAGUUAUCGGGCCAAGUUGAAAGCGGCCAAGGGUAGUACGUCGUCGGCUACCGGUUGGGACGCUGGCGAAGGGCCCUCAACUCGAGAAUUCAACUUAAUCCGUGCUGAUACGGUCGUAAACUCUGAUCAUGAAGAUUCCGACGCCGGUGUUGUGAUGCAGUCCGCAAGAGCAGAUGUCGAUGAUGAGCGUGGUGACUUUGAAGAAAACGUGUCUGCUGUCGCUGAUGAUGGCGAACAUAUUUCUUCGCUUUUAACACAAGACAAACCCAAUUUCGAUCGGGCUGAUCGGGAGUUCCAGAAACGUUUCGUGGAAAACGAUUUCGGUUGCGCUUGUGAUGUGUGUGCUAGAAUCUGGUUCAGGAAUGAUUUGAAACCAAUCUCCGACUCAAAUGCUGCCGUGUUACUGGCGACAAAUGCUACAUGUCGAACAAGCCUGAACCGCGGAUCAAUUCCCACAUUGUCGCAAUCGAAUGGCUUUACAUAUCCCAAGUUUCCGUCCAAUUUGCCUCCGCUAGACCCACUCACCACAAGACUGGUGUCUCCCAGGAUCAAUUUCAUGCAGUUUCGUCGUUUGCGGCAUACUGCAGGUAGUUUGGCAAUAAUCGGCCAAAUUAUCAACAUUCCAGUCGACGUGGCCCAGAUGGUAGGCGAACUUCCCCGCCAACUGGAUGACGACUAUGCUAUCAACGUGUGCAUCAAGAAACACUUCAUACACAAAUCAAGUUACUUGUCCGGCUACGUGAAGAAAGGUACCGUUAAAGCAUGGCUGAACUAUCUGGUUACUACACCGCUCUACAGGCGGAAUGGAAUUGUUUUCAAUGAAGAAAACUUGGCUGCGAUCGGACAAACAGAGCAGACGGAUAUUUCGGAGGAACGUAGGGCAGUAGACCUUGAAGUCGUCGACGAGAUGAACGAGGUAGAAAUGAUGAUUGGACAACAACAUACGCUCAUGUGGAAUGAAGACAAGUGUCUGGAACUUGCACCGGCACAAAAUCAGAAACCGCUUUCCAUUAUCUACGAUGAGUUUGCUGAGGAGCUGUCUUUCCCUGAUAUUUAUCUUGGUCAUCCGAGAUGCUUCAACCGUGAAGUCCAUGUGACAGCGUUCAUGAUGGCUACUAGCGAGGUGCGACGUCGGGAUCGGCGGGGCGCGAGACCGGAGCAUAUUUUGUAUAUGGCCAUGAAAAUCAUGCGGCUGCGGGUAUCGGAAGGAUUGAACAAUACCUUUAAAUGCAUGGGCACGGCCAACAUAACAAGGGCGCAGUUGCAAGAUCGGGAAUUUUUGGAAAGCUGUAUUGAGCGUAACCUCUCUUUUCUGAAAUCUAUUCCGAACUCCGUUCAAUAUUGGCAGCAAAGAAAACGGGAUGUUUUCGCCAUGAUCCGGCAGCUGGGGAAACCCACGAUGUUUUUGACGAUGAGUGCAAAUGAAAUUAGAUGGCCUCACCUACUAAGCAUUCUGCGGAAGCUUUCCGGUGGCUCUAACAUUGCGGAAAUGGACGAUAUUGUGCAACAGUUGUCUGCACUCCAGCGUGCUACACUUGUAAGCGAAGAUCCUGUCACGUGCUGUGCAUAUUUUCACAAGUUGGUAAACAUCUUUCUGCGCCUUCUGUCAUCGACCAGGUUGAGCCCGUUCGGCAAAUACCACGUUAUAGAUUAUUUUAAGAGGAUCGAGUUCCAGCAUCGUGGCAGCCCGCUUGCACAUAUUCUGCUCUGGCUGGCGAACGAUCCCCGCGAGGAUGUUUCCGAAAGAAUGCCCGCUACUGUUGAGUUGAUCGAUUUUCUGUCCUCCAUCAGAUCGGAAGAUCUGCCUGAGACCUAUGGCAAUCAGGUUCAUAAGCACACGUUUACGUGUUUCAAGCGAAACGAUAAACGUUGCCGGUUUAAUAUUCCGUACUGGCCAAUGGAUCAAACCAGAAUUCUGAUCCCCAUUACAGCCGGGGAUGGCCGACUUCAACAGCUAAACAGAAAGGCAGCGAAAAUGCGAGAAGCUCUUGAAACGAAGGUCUACGAUAGCCUUGACGCGUUUCUCGUUGAUAGCAGUUGCACGUACGAUUACUACUUGGACGUGAUUCGCUCUUCCAUUCGCCGACCAACAGUUCUGCUGAAACGUUCCAUGACGCAGCUUUGGACCAAUCCAUUCAAUCCUUGGAUCGCUGAGAAGCUCAAAUCCAAUAUGGAUUUGCAGUUUGUGCUGGAGGAGUUUUCAUGUGCUGCUUAUGUUGUGGAAUACGUAAACAAGACCAACAGAGGCAUAAGUAGUUUACAUCGUGACCUCAUAAAGCUCCAGGAAGAGCAUCCAGACCAGGACUACAAUGGAUUGUUGAAGAAGGUCAGCAUAAAAAUGUUAAAUUCCGUGGAAAUGUCUGCCCAGGAGGCUGCUUGGUAUUUGCUUCGGCAACCGAUGUCAGAAGCCAGCCGCAAGGUUGAGUUUAUUGCGACAAUGUGGCCACAAGAGCGAAUAAAAUCCAAGAAGCGGAACAAACAGAUGGACGAAGAGGAUCUCGACGACAAUUCCACCGAUGUGUGGACGCUAAACAUCAUUCAACGUAUGGCGGAAAUGGUCGACUAUAAGCGUGAGAUGGUUCUCCUCUUCCUACCGUUCAGGAAUGAAGUCUGCGAUGUACUUGAUCGGAACAAGUUCCUGAAGUUGUAUGAAGACAACGAGGCCGCCAUUUUGGCAAAGCACAAGGAGUAUGACUGCGAAAUGAACUUGGAUCAGGUUGUGGAGGAAUACAUCCGCAUAUGCAGCGAAGACGAUGAGCAGCAGGUGAUUGCCGACCAGAAGCGCGAUGAGUUCGUCCGCACGAUCGUCAUGGAGCCGAAUGAUGACGAUAUUCACAACUUGCCAACAGGACCCUUGGCAGCUGUCGUCAAACAGCGAUCAAAUGUCUUGUCAAAGCAAGAAUAUUGUGAAAUGGUGCGUGCCACGAAUGCAGAGCAGCGGGAUUUGAUCGUGCAAGUAAUCCACAGCUUGCAUUCCUCUGAAGAAAACUGCAAACCAGUGCAAAUAUUCUUCACUGGCCCGGCGGGCUGUGGCAAAACGUUCACUUUGCGCAUUCUAAUGAAGACAGUGAACCGGUACAGCCAAGCUCAUAAUAAGCAGCACAACGCUUAUGUAGCAUGCGCAUCCACUGGAAAAGCAGCGGUUGCAAUAGGUGGAACAACAGUGCAUUCCGCAUUCCGGAUUUGCAUGUCGCGUAGGCAAAGCUCAAAGCUGAGUUUCGAGGCAUUACAACUGUACCGGAACGCCUUCGCCAACGUGAAGCUCAUCAUUAUCGACGAAACAAGCAUGCUCGGUGCUGAUGUCCUCAACACAGUACAUGUCCGGCUUCAAGAAAUUACGGGGAACUACGACGAUCCGUUCGGUGGAAUGCCGAUCGUAUUUUGCGGCGAUCUUCGUCAAUUGCCACCGGUCAAUGCACGGGCGGUGUUUAAACCGAGCAUAAACUCCAUGCAUGGCGCCGUUUUAUGGCAAUCUCUCGACUUCUACCCAUUGGUUCAAGUUAUGCGACAAACCAACGAGCAGUUCUCCAGCAUUCUCACAAAAAUUGGCAACGGGUAG